AGGAGGCGUUCGAAGAAUUGGCAGAGGCGGCCGAGGCUGACGAGGCGAAGGCCGACGAUGAAGUGGCAGGAGCUGGGGAGGCGGGAGAGGAAGAUGCAUACGCGGAACAUGAUGGCGAAGAGCGGGUAGAGGAAGAUGGUGCGGACGAGGAUGCCGAGGAGGAGGAGGAGGAGGAAGAAGAGGAGGAGGAGGAAGAGGGGGAUGGGGAGGAGGAGGAGGAAAGGGAGGAAGAGGAGGAAGAUGAGGAAGAGGAGGAGGAGGAGGAGGAGGAGGAGGAGGAGGAAGAAGAGGAGGAGGAGGAGGGGGAUGAGGCGGAAGAAGAGGAGGGAGGGGAGGAGGCAGUCGGGGUGGAGGGCAUGCAGUUGUGUUGAACUCCGGAGUGGGCCCGCCGGACACAAUUGA